AACCCUAACUUGGCUUGUGGUUGUGAUCGCCUCACUUUGCUGCAGACCCUAAUCUAAGAGCGCGUGCCGCCUGUGAUUCGAUUUGAUGGCUCCAAAGAAGGACAAGGCUCCUCCACCUUCAUCGAAGCCCGCCAAAUCUGGCGGUGGAAAGCAGAAGAAGAAGAAGUGGAGCAAGGGAAAGCAGAAGGAGAAGGUGAAUAACAUGGUGCUGUUCGAUCAAGCUACCUAUGACAAGCUUCUAUCUGAGGCACCCAAAUACAAGCUCAUUACUCCUUCCAUUCUAUCUGAUCGUUUGAGGAUUAAUGGAUCACUCGCAAGGAAGGCUAUAAGAGAAUUAAUGGCUAGGGGUUCAAUCAGGAUGGUGUCUGCCCACGCAAGUCAACAGAUUUACACUAGAGCUACAAACACCUAGAUUUUGUACUGGUCAUAGUUUAUGUAGUAUUGAUGCGAUCGAUGAAGUGAUUUUGUUUUUCAGUUUGAGACGCCCCUCAUGCUAAAAAUUACAUCAGUUUGACUGUUGCUAAAUUCAUGGUUUAUUUCUUUUUAUAACCUCGGUAAUAUAUUUGUCAUGGCUUCUAUA